AAUUACUUAAAUUCUGCUGAAGUAGAGAAUCAAGAAGAAAGGAGUAUUUCAGAACUGCUGCAACAGCUACAGAUGCUGACACAGCAUGCUGAUGUCCAGAAUCAUAUUGACCAUCUGAGAUUUAAUCCUAAGGUAAUUCCUCAGCUGGACUCUGCAAAUGCCAGCAUUGCCAUUUCCUCAGGACACACUGGGACACCACCUGAUGUCAUCACAUUACGUGCUCCUGUCCCUGUACAACCUACACAUGGUUUGCUUAAAGCAAGUAAAUAAAAUUACAGUAACUAUGCAAAUGACUAUUUAAUGCAAUUUAAUUAACUUUUGGGCCGAAAUUGCAAUUGAUCAACCUUACCUUGUACUCCAUAGGACUGCAGCCUGCAACAGCAGCAUCAGCACUACCAGCAGCUGGGACAAGAGAAGCACAGUGUCUAAAUCCUUCUGAUUCACUGCCACAAUUAACACUAGGAGAAAAGAUGUCUCAAAUACUACAGGAUCAGACAGAGCAACUGACUAAGAAAGUGGAAGACUUCUCUAAGCAUAUGAUCCAGGAAACCAUCUUUUUACAAGACAAAUACCUGGUAAAUUAAUUUAUGUAUUUUGAGCUAUGUGAAAUGUACUUGAAAUGGCUGUAGACUUACAAUUCUCUGGCAAGAUUAUUGAUGUUUACCUCAAAUGGAUGUUUACUCAAUUCAGACUGAAGAUAUGAGAUUAGAAAGCAGAAAUGAAGGUGUUUAGUAGGUGGACAAAUUCUUAAAUCUUUUAUGGAUUCUGACUUAAAACUAUUAAUAAAAGGCCUGAAGUUACCAGGUAAGUUGGGAAUUUUAACAUGUGGGGCAUCAGUUCAGAAAUAUUUUUUAUUAUUUUACUUGGACAUAAUAGAGCAGCACAGAGUGUUAGGUGAAUAUACAAUAUGCAGUCCUGUUUCAAUUUAGAGAACUACCAAAAUUCUUACCAACAGCACUGCAAAUAACAUCUGGCUUACAUAGCAAGACAUCGUGAUAGCUACUUAUGCUGAAUUAUCAUGACAUUUUGUAUUGAAUUAUUUCUUAUUGAUGAAGGCAUUAAAUCAACUGAAAAGAUACCUUGAUGCCUUGGAAAGAAAUUAUUUAAAAGCUAGAGAAGAGCAUCACAACUUACAGCUGCAGAACUACAAGGACAAGCCUGUCAACCUUGGAGAGUUUGAUCCUGAGAGAAGGGUGGAAGGAGGAAUAUUCAGACUUGGCAUGCUGCUUGAAGACAUUCAAGAACAAAUUGAUGGCAGCAAGGGCAGCCUGUCAUCGUUACUGACGUCCCAUGAAUCGGCCCAGUCUUUCUGUGAGAGCUCGGCAGUUCCAAGCACUGCUGAUCUUUCACAAAGAAGAGGUUCUAAAGCUCCAUUUCUUCACAAGAACCAUGAGGGAGAAAGAAGUCAGACAACUGAUGUAUUCCCACCAACAAAUCAACUUUCUUCAGAAGGCAAAAAAUGCAAUCUUUGUCUUCACAUAAAUACAAACAUCCAGGAAGGAAAAACUGGAACGUCUCCACUCUUCGUGCAGAGAAAACCAACUGAUUUAUCAGAUACCAACCUGAGCAGCGAUUCAGAAGACUUCUCAGCCUGUUAUUCUUGUAAUGAUUCACUAAGCAAGGACUUUGUCAGCUGUGACACUCUAAGUUACAAAUCAUUAAAUACAAGAUUAUGUGGAGAGAGAAAAGGACUUAGAUGCAGAUGCCCUAGGGGAAGCAGAGAUCAAGUAAAACUCAGGAAUUACAAAGAGUCUGUUCAGUCUUGUCCCCUGUGUAGAAAAAGCAGCUCUGGUUCAUCCUCUUAUUCACAGAAGAGAAUCUCCACUCAAAAGGCUCAAAAAACUGAACAGCCAGGUGAAGUUGUAACCAGACUUCAUGAAAGGAAAUCCUCUGAGGCUGCCAAAACCUGCUGUUCAAGCACAUAUGAUAAAAUAAUCCUUUCACAUCAAUACAUACCCAGCAAGAAAUCUGCCCAAAGAAAAUCUGCAGUCAACAUCAGAGACAGAAAUGCCAAUGAUUCCUGUACAAACAUUUUAAGUUCUACUCUGGAUCAUGCCAUAGAGACAGCAAACAGUUUGAAGAAAACCACAGAGCGAAUGGUACAAGCUGUUUCAGAAGAUCUAGCUAAAGUUAAAAGAAAAGAGUUUUAA